AUGAAAUCAGUCACUCCUCUCUUAGCUUUAUUUCUUGUUUUGAGUUUAAUUAAUGUUUAAGUAUUAAGUGCUCCUACUCCACCUCAAAUACCUACUUUUAUCACUAACUAGACAAAUGGUUAAAAUUUUGAAACUUGCAUGACCAACCUCUCAACUUCAAACCCUAAUCCUUGUUCUAGUAGCUCAAAUGCUAAUUGUAGUACUAUUUUGGGAACUUUUAGUACAUGCUGGAAUGGUUGUUACUCCUAAACUAGCUUCUCUACUUUUUAAACUUGCACCAAUGGCUGUAGUGAUACUGCUACUGGAAGCAGUGGAGAUUCUUCUCUUAGCUCAUUUAUUAGCUCGAUGAAGACAUGUGUAAGUAAACUAAGCAGUCCUUCUUUAUACGUAUCAUUUUAUGUUUUUGCCUUAUUUGUGGUAGUGUUUAUUUUAUGA